AUGUCUAUGGCUCUUCUGGACUGGUUCCAAGACAAUAAAAUCAAGACACUGCUGCUGAAUGUAUUUGUUUUAUAUGCUUCUGUGCCCCUCCUUGUCCGAAUAUUUCCUCCUCUGUUACAAAAGUGUGUCUAUCUCAAUUUUUUGAGUUUUCCUUUUGGAGUGGACUUCCGGAAGCCUGAAGUAUAUGUGAAUCACACAAGGAACUUCUAUCUCACCUCCGAACCAGGGGUCACCUUUGGCAUCUGGCAUGCUUUGCCUCAAAAUAGGUGGAAGGAAUCUGAAGGGAAGGACCACAGCUGGUUCGAAGAGGCGCUUGCAGAUGAUAAUCCCAUCAUAAUCUAUCUCCAUGGCAAUGGGGGGACCAGGGCAACGAGUCACAGAGUUCAUUUCACAAAGGCCAUGAGUGCCAAUGACUUUCACGUCCUGGCUGUAGACUACAGGGGCUAUGCAGACUCCACUGGUCAGCCAAGUGAGAAUGGCUUCACAAAGGACAUCCUGUGCAUUUAUGACUGGGUGAAAGCAAGGAGUGGGAGCAGCUCCAUAAUCCUGUGGGGGCACUCCCUCGGCACCGGAAUUGCGACCAAUACAGCAAGGAAGCUGAAAGAAACAGAUGGAAUCAUAGUGGAUGCAAUUGUUCUCGAAGCUCCUUAUACCAACAUCAGAGAUGCAGCGGCCAACAUCCCCCUUACAAAAAUCUAUCGCAAAUUCCCUGGUUUUGAAUAUUUAGUCCUGGACACAAUGGCCCGAGCUGACAUGUACUUUCGAAAUGAUAUAAAUGUCAAAGUGUUGUCCAGUCCUCUUUUGAUCUUACAUUCAGAAGAUGAUAAAGUCAUACCAGUACAGUUGGGAAGAAAGGUCUUUGAUAUUGCCUACAAUGCCUCUGAGAAGAAAGACAGUGUCCAGUUUAUUGCCUUCCCGGCAGCCAUGGGCUUGGGCCACGACCACAUAGCAACUAACCCCGAACUCGCUUCUAUUCUGAAAAAUUUUCUCAAGCGCAUUAAGUGACAUCUAUGCAGCCAGAUCUGCCACCAACCCCAAGACCACACCAGCAAGGAGACCUUCAAUUUCAGAUCCUAGACCUGUCACAGAUAAUAAAAGAAAUGGUAAUAACAA